UGGGGCGUGGCUUGGGGGCGUGGCCUCGGCGGGGCGGCCGCCUUGGAGCUGCAAAGUUUGGCUGUGGCGGCAAAUGGGUUUGGGCGGCUCCUCGGCGGGUGGCGGUGGUGGCCUUAGCGGUUCCUCCUGGCUCUGUUAAUGUCAGGGCCAAGCCCGGGGAGGAUGGCGCCCUAGAGCCCGGCCUUGCUGGGGCAGGGGCGGGAGGGGGCCGGGGCGGGGACCGGCCAUGUCGGAGGUGACCCGGAGUCUGCUGCAGCGCUGGGGCGCCAGUCUUAGGAGAGGCGCCGACUUCGACUCUUGGGGCCAGCUGGUGGAGGCGAUAGACGAGUAUCAGAUAUUAGCAAGACACCUACAGAAGGAGGCCCAAGCUCAACACAAUAAUUCUGAAUUCACAGAAGAGCAAAAGAAAACCAUAGGCAAAAUCGCCACAUGUUUAGAAUUGAGAAGCGCUGCAUUACAGUCCACACAGUCCCAAGAAGAAUUUAAACUGGAGGACCUGAAGAAGCUAGAGCCAAUCCUGAAGAAUAUUCUUACAUAUAACAAAGAAUUCCCAUUUGAUGUUCAGCCUAUCCCAUUAAGACGGAUUUUGGCACCUGGUGAAGAAGAGAAUUUGGAAUUUGAAGAAGAUGAAGAUGGUGGAGCUGGAGCAGGACCUCCUGAUUCUUUUUCUGCUCGAGUUCCUGGUACUUUAUUGCCACGGUUGCCAUCAGAACCAGGGAUGACAUUACUCACUAUCAGAAUUGAGAAAAUCGGUCUGAAAGAUGCAGGGCAGUGCAUUGACCCCUACAUUACAGUCAGUGUGAAGGAUUUGAAUGGCAUAGACUUAACUCCUGUACAAGAUACUCCUGUGGCUUCAAGAAAAGAAGAUACAUAUGUUCAUUUUAAUGUGGACAUUGAGCUCCAGAAGCAUGUUGAAAAAUUAACCAAAGGUGCCGCCAUCUUCUUUGAAUUCAAACAUUACAAGCCUAAAAAGAGGUUUACCAGCACCAAGUGUUUUGCCUUCAUGGAGAUGGAUGAAAUUAAACCUGGGCCAAUUGUAAUAGAAUUAUACAAGAAACCCACUGACUUUAAAAGAAAAAAAUUACAAUUAUUGACCAAGAAACCACUUUAUCUUCAUCUACAUCAAACUUUGCACAAGGAAUGAUCCUGUUACAAAUAACCUGGAACUUAUGUGAAUUUUACCACGUGGAAACCAUCAUAGCUCUCUGUAGCAUAUCACUCUUCAACAGGCAGGAAAUGAGCCCUACCCAUGCCAGAUGGCCAGCAAGUACAUUGCAAAGCCGGACCCCAGAACUCAAAAGUUCAGCACAUCACUAACCUAUUGGAUACAGGUUUAUUGUAGAUUUUGAAACAUUUUUACUUUUCUAUUAAUUGUGCAAUUAAUUGUCUAUUUUCUCAUUACCACUACUCCUCCCCUGCUUCCUGGAUAGUACUAUUGUGGUAGAUGUGCUGAACUUCAGACACUGCAGCAAUAAGAAUGUGCUAGAGUUUACAUUUCUGCUCACCUUUGCUCCAAUAUGCUCUUCUGGCUUGAAUGUCACAUUCUGGGUUGAGAUGGGGAGAAUUGCUUUGAGGAAUUGGACUAGUUACAUUGCCUAGGAAAGUCUGUCUGGAAGCUUAUAGACACUCCUUAGAAGUGGCCAAUCCAAAUGCCAGAGAUCUCCUGCAUGGAAAGUGUGCCCUGGCCAGAUGAGAAUGCCCAUGAAGUGUUCCCAGAUGACCAGAUUGGCUUCCUGAAGUGAACACACGUAUAGUCUGCUCUUCUCUGUCACACUGCUAUUCUUCCUGGUAGAUUCUGGGGUUAACGCCGGAACCAUCUCAGAGUAACUCCAGGUUUUAAAUGUGUUUACAGUAUCUUUUAAAUUGCAUCAUUUAGGAAGAGUUGAGUCAGCUAUUAAAAUACUUCGGAUAACUGCUGCUUCCUGAUAACCCAUUGUGAGACCUUAAGACCGCAUACCUCUCCUUAGUAUGCAAAAUCUGGAAAGAUAGUUUAUUUUUUUUUAAAUAUAGGUAGAUAGAACCACCGUUUAUUUCCUAUUUAGAUAUACAGUCAUUCAUUCCUUUGGAAAAUAUGCAGGUCAUUAGUUAUUUUAAAUUGACUUUUACUUUUGAUGUAACCAGGCAUAAAUAAAACUUUCAUAUAGCA